GUGACUUUCAUUCCAUUCUUUUCCGGCUUUUUCGCCAGUACAGUCCUUGCACAUUACCAGCUUUCACCAUUCCAACUUUAUACCUUCUUUCGUGAAGCAAAACUGUGUCUUGCUCGCCACUCACAACUAAGGAAUUGACUUCUGCAGUUGUUUUGAAGACAUAUCCAAUCGUUGACUUAGACGAAACUGAAGACGCCGCAAAAUCCCAGCAAAUCCAAAACAACAUUCAAGAUGAAGUCCGUCAUCGCUAACCUCGGCAUGUUUGCCGCCGUGGCCAACGCCUACUCCUACCCCCGCCACAUGCACUUCCGCCGCGACAACGGCACCGAUGAUGCCCUCACCACCCUGACUGUCCUGACCACCGAGGUUCAGACUAUCACCUCUUGCGCUCCCACCGUCACCAACUGCCCCGCCCGGGACCAGACUGCCUUGGACGAGCUCCCCGAGACCGACAAGACCACCUACGUCGUCACCAACACCGUCCUUCUCACCACCACUGUCUGCCCCGUCACCGAGGCUGGCUCCAUCUCCUCCUCCAUCAUCAGCGAGGCUCAGACUGGUGGUGUCACCGGCAAGACCCUCACUGCCCCCCUGACUGCCGAUGUUCCCCUGAGCACCGGUGCCUACCCUCCCGCCACCGCUGGCGACGAGUCCCCUGAGGCUCCUGAGCCCACCAGCCUGACCACCAUCACCUCUGACUAUGUCACUGCCAAGACUGUCACCCUGACCCUCGGCACUGGUACCGAUGCCAGCGUCGUCACCACCACCGUUCAGUCCACCAUCAAGACUACCGUCACUGUUCCCUGCUCUGAGGCUGGCCCUGAGGUCACCGACGAUGGUAGCAAGGGCAACGGCUCUCCCGAUGAGCCCACCACCACCACUACCAAGACCAGCACCGGCACCGUGACCAAGACUGUCGAGCGCGCUGAUUCCACUGAGACCAAGACCCCCGGCGAGAGCAACGGCACCUCCACUGGCAACGGUGAUGACGGCGAGUCCACCGGCAACAACACCCCCGGCAACGGUUCUGGCAACGGCUCCGGCAACGGCUCCGACUCUGGUGUCUGCGUCGACAAGACCGUCACCGUCACCGCUCCCGCCUCCACUGUCUACGUUACCGUCGGUGGUGAGGGCAGCAAGACCCAGGGCUCCAGCGAGGCUUCCGUCACUGAGGGCCCCAAGGGCGGCAACAGCGGCUCUGGCUCCGGCUCCGACAACGGUUCCGGUUCCGGCUCCGACGAUGAUGAGGAGGACUACGAUGACGACGAGGAUGAGGAGUGCGACACUACCACCACCCUCGAGGCUACCGUCACUGUUGUCCCCUACCCCGUCAACGGCACCACCCCCACCGGUGGCUACGCUGCUCCCACCGGCUUUGCCCGCCGUCUCCGAUAAGCGUCUCGCUGACGACCAUGUAUAUGCCGUCCGAUCCUGUACAUGACCCCGUAUUUUGGUCACUUUCUUGGUUAGCAUCUAGUGGAGGGAGGAUUCCUCAGGCGGGUUGACACUUUCCUGGAUGUAUGACAAUUUUACACAAUUUUUUGCUGCUUCUUCUUCCAAAACCAAUUCAAUGAAUAUCAUGAUCUCUCUAUCUUGCCCACCAACAAACACUCGAAUACCUCUUUUGCACAAAUGGGGCCCAAUGAUGGGUGCGGGAAGCGCCUUUUCUCUUUUCUCUCUAGAUGGAUAGAUACAGGAUUAUGAUUGCGUGGAGUGUUUGGUUCCGUCGACUAUACUCUGCGUCUUUGGGUUGUUUAUUUGUCAUAUACAUCUUUUAGCCUUCGUUGUACAUAUCUGUGAAUGGGGAUGUCUGGUUUGGUGU